CUUAAAAUUGCGUUCAAUUGUUCUUGGGCAAAUUUCGACGCGGCGCUGCGGCCGAGGGCUGCAGCCAAAAGCCCAAUUUUGUGGACAUGGUGCACAGGACCGGUUACUUCAUCACCUGUUUCCUUUCACUCUUCAUCCCUAACACUCGCUUCCACCUCUUCCAAUCACCUCUAAGAAUUCAUUAACAACAUGGCAGGACUGGAAGAAGCGCGUCUGAAGGACGCCAUCAAGUUUAUGCAUGAGGCCGACAAAAACACAGAGAAAAGCUGGUUCAAGAAACCAGACUGGGAUAUUGCGGCGCAAUACUAUGAAAAAGCAGCACAAUCCUUCAAGGCAGGCAAGUCCUAUGAGCAGUCUGUUCAGGCGUUCAUCAAGGCUUCGGACGCCAUGAUCAGUGCCACCAGUUAUUUCAUGGCUGGUCGUGCGCUCGAAAAUGGUGGAAACGUCUGUCUCCAGAAUCUGGGCCAACCCGAGCGUGCUGCUGAUAUGUACAAGCGAGCAAGUGAACUCUUUAUGCAGAACAUGACCCCCGAUCGUGCUGCAGAUAUGUUAGAGAAGGGCGCAAAAGCAAUGGAGCCGAUCUCUGUGGAGGCAGCCAUGGAUCUUUACAUUGGAGCCUGCAACAUUUACGAAAAUGAGGACCGUGCAAAGUAUGCGACCGACACCUAUAAGCGAACGAUCUCCUUGCUAGUUAAGCAUAGGCGCUUCGACAAAGCUACCGAGAUUCUGAUCCGUCUUGGUAACGUUCAGGCCGGCACCGCCAACAAAUUUGCGUACUACAAGACUCUCCUCAGUGUCAUCAUCGUCCAACUCGCCGCGGGCGACGAAGUCGAGGCCGGCAAGAAGUUCCAGGAAUUCUGCGCGGUCGACGGAUUCGUGCGCUCAGAAGAAUCAGCAGUUGCGCACGCGAUGCUCGACGCCUUCGAACAUCGGGACCAAAACUACUAUAACCAAGCCGCGGCGCGUCAACACGUCGGCUUCCUCGAUAACGAAGUUGCUCGCCUCGCCCGCAGCAUUGUCAUCUCGAACGACCUCAUCUCUGGAGGCGGAUACGUCGACGGACCCCCUCCCCCUGGUCCUGGACCUCAAAACACUAGAAAUAUCUUCAGCAACGGAUACUCAUCACAGCCUCCACCCCAGCAAUACAACAACAACAAUAGCAGCUUUGGUAAUCCUAACCAGUACCAGGGACAGCCGCCUCAACGCCAGCAGCAGCAGCAGCAGCCGUCGACGAGUGGUGGAUAUAAUAUCACACCGACUGCAGGUGCACGCAGCACACAUCCUGCACAUCUUCAGGAUGAGAGGAGUGAAGCAGAUUGGCACGCGCUGACAGAGGGAGCUCCGCCUGCAGCAGUGCCUCACCACCAACAAAACCAGAAUAUGCAUCAGCCCUACCCACAGCAACCGAACCAACAACAGCGUUCACAGCCUCCGCAGCAGCCUCAGCAGACUCAGCAGCCUCAGCAGCAUCCAGGUGUGCCACCACCUGGCCGUAACUAUUACCAGGACGAGGAGGAUGACGGACUAUUGUAGACAUGGGGAUAAUACCCUAUCUUUUUUCCCAAUGCAAAACAAAGAAAAAAGCCAUUCUCCCACUUCUUAGUUAACUGUAGGCUAACGAGUCGUGUGCAGAAAAG